UAGAAGCCAUUUGAUCUCAAACACCUGGCUACAGUCAGUGUCCUCACACUGUUCUGAGGCUGUGCUCUGAAUAAGUGUGAGGGGCCUAGAUCCUGAGAGAGCCAGGACGUGUGUUCUGGGUGAGUGUUGCUCGUUCCUGUACUAGACUGGUGUGUAAGACCAUCCAGCUUGGCCCUCAUGGAAAGGUAACUGAGACUCAACUAUCACUGCCCCUGGCCAUUCUUCCCUUGAGCACUGGUCAGACCACAGGUUCUAAUCCCAAAUCCAAAGUGCUCUAGCCAUGGUCAAGGAACACAACCUAGACAAGUUAAGUCACAAUUUUCUCAUCUGUAAAUCAGAGAAGACAGGACCCCUCUGGGCUCCACGUCGGCUGCCUCAGAGACUGCUCCGAGCCAACAGGACGCAGCAAAGAAGAGUCAGAAGAAAAGGGUGUGCAUGGAAGGGACGGCAGCUCCACAGAAUAGGAGCCCUCUGGCCUCCAGUUCUGCAUCUUCAGAGGUUGUCCCUGAGCAGAGAGCCAGGACAAUGAGAGGCCAGAAGAAGAGGAGAUGGACGGAUGUGAAGGCAGGGACCCAGGAGAGAAGUGCCCCGGCCUCCAAUUCCACCACCUCUGAAGCUCUCUCUGAGCUGAAGUCCUGGAAGAAGAGGGGGCAGAAGAACAUAUGGACUGUCAAUCAUGUUGAGGGGACAAAACUCAGGAUGAACAAGAGGAGAAGACCCAGUUACCGUCCUGAAGACCAAGAAGCAUUCUACCGACUUCUGGAGGAUCCUGUUAUCCAGAGCUUCUUGGAAGCUGACAUUUUCCUCAAAGUGUCUGAUAAGUACCUGCUUUCCAUGGUGGUGGAAUAUUUUGGCCGUGUCGGGCUGCCUGGACACCUCUACAACAGGAUCCACUUCUUCCUGGCCCUCUACAUUGCCUCCGACAUGGAGGAGGACAACCCCACAUCCAAACGGAGCAUCUUCCAGUUCCUGCUGGGCAGGGAGCACUGGCCAGACCUCUACAAAGAGUUCCUGAAGCUGAAGGUGGAGUUCUUCCAUGCAAUGGGGCACCGAGCCUGGGUCACCCCGGAGUUGUGUGAGGAGAUCCAGGCCCAGAACCCACAUCACUGGGUCUGGAGUCGGGCACGCCAGUGUGCCCCCUAGGUCCCCAGGGAACAGAACGGGGGCUGCAGGUGGUCCCGGAUGUGAUGGAGCCUAUUCUCAUCCUACGAGAAAGAAGGUCAAGUGUGCUUUGUGAUAAACCAAGUUUAGGAUAAAGUUUAAUUCAUCCACAGGCUUUUUCCUUGAGGACAAACAACUAUUAUAUAUGUCAGAACCUCAAUAUGCCAAAGAAUGACUGCCACAAUAAAAAGGAGACAAAUAAUGUGUA